UCUGCGCGGGGACACGCAGGUGGGAGUGUGCGGUGCGGACCGCCGCCCGGGAGGCCGCGGGCGGAGGCGGGCGCCGCGCUGCCCGCCGACUGCCGGCGCAGACAGCGCCCUCGCAGGACGGAGCCUCAGAGUUGUUGAAACCAUUGAAGGGAAGGAACACAUCCCACCCACCUCGGGGAAGUGGCCUCUUCUGGCCAUGUCUCCUGCAGCUGCUGCCGAGCCAGAUGGGGUCCAGGGAGACAGGCAUGUCACCAAGCUCAUUUUCUUCCUUUUUGUCAUCGGUGCCAUCCUGCUGUGUGUGGGAGUCCUGCUCUCCAUCUUUGGGUUCCAGGCAUGCCAAUACAAAACCCUCCCAGAAUGCAGCAUGGUGCUGAAGAUCGCCGGGCCCGCGUGUGCUGUGAUUGGGCUGGGGGCUGUGGUCCUGGCCCGCUCCCGGGCACGACUUCAGCGAAGUGAGGAGCGCCUGAGAGGCAACCAGGGGGCCUCCGACCGAGCCUUCCUCUGUGGGGAGAGCCGCCAGUUUGUCCAGUGUCUCAUCUUUGGGUUUCUGUUCCUGACGAGUGGUAUGCUCAUCAGUGUACUGGGCAUUUGGGUCCCCGGGUGUGGCUCAGACUGGGUGCAGGAACCGCUGAAUGAGACAGACACUGCUGACUCAGAGCCCCAGAUCUGUGGAUUCCUGUCCCUGCAGAUCUUGGGACCCUUGAUUGUGCUUGUGGGAUUGUGUUUCUUCGUGGUGGCCCAUGUUAAGAAGAGAAACAACUUGAAUGUGGGCCAGGAUGCUUCUGAAAGUGAAGAGAGACAGACCCAGAACAUGGAGCCCGUCCAGGUCACUGUAGGUGAUGCCGUGAUCAUAUUCCCACCCCCUCCACCGCCUUACUUUCCCGAGUCUUCAGUUUCUGCAGCUACUCGGAGUCCUGGGGCUGACAGUUUGCUCCCAAAUGAAAAUCCACCUUCAUAUUACAGUAUUUUUAACUAUAGGAUCCCAACUCCUGAGGGCCAAGGCGCAGCCUCUGAGAGAGAUUGUGAAUCUAUAUAUACGAUUUCUGGGACUGCUUCAUCCUCUGAGACCUCACACACUCCCUGUCUCUCAUCCGAAUUGCCUCCCAGAUAUGAAGAAAAAGAAACUGCUGCCACCGCAUCCUUGUCUCCAUCUUCUGAGCCUUCCCCACCAUGAGCCAUGGACCCCAGUUCAAUUUUUUAUAGAAUCAAUCACUAUUUAAUUUGUUUUUCUAAUAAAAAAUACAAUAGAAUC